AUGGAUUCUCGUACUGAUGAUGUCUGUCGCGGCGGUACAGACGAAAGCUCAGCACAGGUCGAUCGCGAUCGUAGAACCACACAAUCAAACGAUAGAUCGGAUUGCAUUUCGCGCGAUUCGACGACCUUCCAGGGCCCACAGGACAACACAUACUCGACUUCCGGCCAUGAAGAUCGACGAGCUCGACGUCCGCCGGCCGAAGCGAAGAUUGGGCCAUACAGACAGACCCUUUCGACGGUAGCCCCGGGCGUCGAACAUCCCAGACGGGAUCGUCGACGCACAAACGAGGCCUCAAGAGCCGGAGUCGACACGACGAGAGUCGAGAGACCAACGGUCCUGAAGAAUGGGAAAAAUGGGCAAAAAUGUGGUUGCCAAGGCGGCAGAAACGGCCUGCGCCGGACCAGACACGAGGACGAAGCGGUGGCGAUAAAGUGA